AUGUCACUCUACUACGAAGCUGCAGCCAUUCUUGCCAAUGCCGACAAUGUUGGCGGGUCGCUCAAGUCGCGUAUAUAUAACAAGAAGGAUUUGAAAAGCACGCCCGGUCAGCUCUUCGCGCUCAUUGCGGAGACGUCAAAAUGGUCCAUUCUCAACCCAAUUCUCGCCCUUCUCCUCACGCACGACCUACUCCUAGCAAAGAGCGGCGUCGCUGCCGCCGCCGGCCAUGUCCUUAAGCUCGCCAUCACUCGACACAAAGCCCGACUCAGCGCCGAACUUACAAAGGCUCGUAUACGCUAUGGAUAUGCCACUAUAGAUGCUUUCAGAGCUGCUGUCAACGACGGCGAGCUCGAGAAGGAAGAAGGCGACGCGCCCAAAAGCCGGCAUCCACGUUGGGUGCGCGUCAACACCAUCAAGACAACAUUGGAAGAGCAGCUUUCCAAGACCUUUACAGGAUUCAUAAAGACGGAAAAUCUGGCGGACGUACUGUCUGCGCCCAAGAGGUCCAAGAUUUACUAUCAAGACCCGAACAUUCCCAAUCUACUCGCACUUCCGUCUAGAAUCGAUCUGAGCAGAACGUUUGCGUACACAAAAGGUCAAAUAAUAUUCCAGGAUAAGGCAUCAUGUUUUCCGGCCUACUUGCUAGACCCAAAGCCGGACGAUGGCGAUGUGAUUGAUGCCACGGCAGCACCAGGGAACAAGACAACACAUUUGGCUGCAAUUGUCUCGGAUCGGAAGCAACCAGGCGAGGAGCAAAAGGUCAUAGCUUUUGAGCGCGACAAGGGCAGAACUUUUACCUUGCAAAAGAUGGUUAAACUCGCGUCGGCAGACGGUAUUGUGCAAGUCAAGGGUAGCAGUGACUUCAUCGCUGCGAAACCUGGGUCAGACGAGUUUUCCAAUGUCGGUGCCAUAUUGCUUGAUCCCAGUUGUUCUGGUACUGGUAUCGUUGGGCGCGAUGAUGCAAUCAAGAUGCAUUUGCCUGCAGGGCCAGCGGAACCGGCAGUUGUACCAAAGGCGGACAAGGGCAAGAAGCGCAAAAGAGGUGAAGAAGUGGCCAAGGAUAAUGCGCCAUCGACUCUCGACCUCGAUAUGGACGACUCUACACCUGAAGAGACUCCAAUGCAUGGGAAACUAGCCGAGCGUCUCGCGGCGUUAUCAAGCUUCCAGUUGCAUAUACUUACCCAUGCCAUGCGAUUCGAGAGUGCGCAUAAGAUCACGUAUUCCACAUGCUCGAUACACUUCGAGGAGAACGAAGGUGUCGUUUUCAAAGCUCUUGCAUCUUCUAUCGCAAAGGAGCGAGGGUGGAAAAUACUCAAAAGAGAGAGUCAGGUAACCGGCUUGCAACAGUGGCAUAGACGCGGGGCUUGGGAGGACGAAAAGCUCGACAAUGAGCCAGAUGAAUCGUUCAAGAGGGACGUAUUGGAAGCGUGCAUUCGCUGUGACAAAGGUACAGAGGAGGGUACAAUGGGCUUCUUCGUUGCUGCCUUUGUUCGAGAAGGCAAUUCAGACCCGACACAAAUCAUGGAAGCUGUAGUGAACGAAGACGACGAAUGGAAUGGCUUCAGUGAUGAUGAGGUAGUUGAAGAGGUAGAUCACGUGGAGGUACUGGCAGUAACAAGCUCAGGAAAAUGGAAGAACAAGAAGCGGAAACACUAAGUAAUAAACAGCGAAAGUGCAAUCAGUUGUUGCGUAUCUACUUUGGCAAGUACGAUUGCGCCGUAACCUCCUGAUGGAAAGGAGCUUAGGACCAUGCGCCCAUAACAACAACAACCCUUUCACUGCGCCUUACGCAGUCGUUGCUGUAGCCCCCCAUAAAUCCUUUUAUUGCAAAUGCAUUGGAAUAAAGCACCA